UUUUAACUGAGUUGUUGUCGUAUCUUCAGGUGUUUCUCAUUUGGGAUUGGUGAGGGUGCAAGUACCGCCCUCAUCACAGGAAUGGCCAGAGAGGGAUCUGGACACGCCCAGUUCAUCACAGGCACAGACCGCAUGCAACCCAAAGUGAUGGAGUCUCUCAGGUUUGCUCUUCAGCCUGCAGUGAACAAGAUCUCCGUGAAGUGGAAAGUACCAGAUGGCAUUACUGUUGACACGCUGUCUCCACCCAUCAAUGCGAUCUUUCAGGGUCAAAGGUCACUCAUUUAUGCCCAACUUAAAGGACAGAGUUCUGAAAGCUCUGAAGGAUCAGUGAUAGUUCAAUACAACCUGAAAGAUCAACCAGUGACAAACCAGCUUCACUUCUGCCUUAAACCAACUGAGGACACUGGGUUGUCCAUCCAUCGAUUGGUGGCCCGGUCUCUGAUCCGCUGUAUGGAGCAGGAGGCGAGGACAAGAGGUGUAGAUGUGGAUGACAUCAGGAGGAGAAUGGUGGAGAUCAGUGUUGAAGCAGGAGUGAGCAGUGUUCAUACAGCCUUCAUUGCCAUAAAUAAAAACAACAGAGAGGCUGUGAAAGGACCUCUGAUACAGAGAAGAGUACUAACACGAGAGAUGCGUAGAUGUUCAGCGGCGUAUGCAAAGAUGCGUGCAUGUUCAGCGUCGUAUUGCUACAAAAAGAGGUCCAAAAGAUCAUUGAAUUCUUCAAGUCUGACGGAUAUUGCACCUUCACGAAAACAGUUAACAAAAUCUAAUCCUGAGAUGAGCUCUGAUCUCCAUGAGGAUCUUUUACUUCAGCUGAUUUCUCUUCAAAAAGCUUCAGGCUGCUGGGAACUGAACGCUGCUUUGGCUCGAGUGUUUGGAAAGACUGAAGAUGAGCUGACCAAUCAGAAACCAGCACAGGUGGAUGGGUCAGUGUGGGCCACUCUUCUGUCUCUCAUCUGGUUAUACGGCUAUAAAAUACAGCAACAGAUUGAGUGGCAGUUUGUGGCCAUGAAGGCGGCGUCAUGGAUCGGCUCUCAGAACGUGGUCAGUCUGUCUCAGUGUGUGUGUGAUGGGAAUCAUCUACUGGGAUGUCAGGUGAAAGAAGAAACUUUGGGAAUCUGAAGACUUCAGUGUUUCUACUUCCUGUGAUGUCAGAAGGCCAAAGAUCCCUUAUGAAUAUUAAGUUCAUUUACAGUAUUAGCUGUUUGUGUUUUUGCUUUUCAGAAAAACAUGUUUUAGACACAUUACUGUUUUUCUUGUCUAGCAGUGUUUAUAUUUCAGUUCAGUUAUUAGAGAUGUUGGAUUAAGCCCUAGUCCCAGACUAGACUGAAUGUUUGAGCUGUCCUAACUGAACACCGCUUACAUCUUAAAACAUAUCAGUGUCAUUGUUUCGUCUCAAGAUACACACCAGUGAUGUGUUUGAAAGGCUUGUGUUUAAAAACCACUUUUAAUAAGAGUCUAAUGAGACUUCUUAGUUUAAGACAUUUUUUACUUUUGAAAUGAAAAUUAACAUAUCUGAAAACCUUUAUGUAAAACUGUUUGUUAUAUUUGAAAUGUUUUCAAUUAAAAUU